AAUAAACAGUCCGAAAAAACACGUAAUGCUUUUAAAAUGCGUAAACACCAUCCGGAUUGAACUACAAUAGGCACUUACCACGUGUACAAUUACAUAGUGCCAUUUUUGGUUUUUUUUUACUGUUUGCCGGUUUUUCAACGUUCCCUAUUAUCAAUAAAAACAGGCAUUUUAAGAAGUGAAAAAACUACUCAAAAGACAUGUGUCUGUAGUUUAUUCACACUAAUCUUAUUCACCUAAAUAAAAAGUUGAAAACAAAACCAAACAGAAAGCAAAAACAUUGAAAGCUAAUUUCAAAACUAUCGUUUUUUUAAACUAAAAAAUGACUAUCUAUUCAAAAAAACUGUGAAUGCUUGCAGCAGAUUUCACAUCGCAAAUAUACAUAUCUUGACCGUGAUUAAACAUUGUGCUAAUGCAUAAAAGCAUAUUGUACUUUUGAGACAGCUUUUUCAUCUUAAACAGUUCUCAAUUCAAGCUGCAGUCUUUGCUUCUGGCGCUACUAGUGUCGCGUUCUAUUAAAAAUUAUUUCAGAUUUUUCUUUUGAUUGUCUUUUUGGUUUUACCAUUUGACUAUUUUUUGUUCAGUUUUAUAAUGGGAAAAGAAUUUCACCAAAGUGUAAACCAGGCCAAAUAUGGUCUGAUUAUGAUGAUCGUUUUCCUAUUAAUUGUCUCCUACCGUUACUAUCAGAGUCUCGUCACGUUGAAUGUGAAGAUGCUGGAGCUGGAGCAGACGAGCGCGGAGUAUGAGUCAUGUCAGAUGAGUGAGAAGAACUUGAGAGAAGCAAGUUCCAAGUGUGCCAAGGAGGCGGAGGAGUCCAAGGCCAAAAUCGACGACCUUAACAAGAAACUGGACGAAAUGAUGCAACAAUUAAGCAAUAAAGAUUCGGAAAAAGAGGGUCUAAUUUCAGAACUGGAGACACUCAAGAACCAAAUUGAAGAACAAAAGAAAGCUACCGAGUUGAGUAAGCAGCCGGUGCAAGCGCAACCCGCGCCACAAGCAGACGUCCCGCAACAACCAGCCGGCGGCGGCGGUGCUGUCCAGCCUGAAGCUAAGCCCCAGCCGGCGGAAACUCAAGUCGAACAACCUGCGCCACCCAAGGAACAUCUUGCUGAGGCUGUUUAAACGAAACAUAUCCCCCUUAUCAUAUCAACGACUUCAUACCCUUUCUUGAGUUUUUCACAUUUCCAAGGAAUUGAGCGCUCCAAAAUUCUUCAAUUUAAAAUAGUGACUUUUAAAUCGAAAAUAUUGACUUUAAACGUACAAAGCUGAAAUUAUAAAAUUUGAUAAUUUUGGUAACGGGAUUCAGAAAAAAGCGGCUCUUUUCUACCCCCAUCCACCACCUUUGAUUUUUUAUUUUGAAAAAGGAACUUAGCAUUUUCAUUAUGCACUGAAGUUUGGCAUGGUGAAUAAAUAACAGUAUGAACAGUUUUGUUCUUCGUACCUUGCAUAGUAACAUCACGUGUUUAGCCAUAAUUACACGUAAAACAAGUAUAAAAAUAGAAAGUUUGAAAGGUGGGGGGAGGGGAGUCGAAAAAGAGUCGAAAAAAAACAUGUAUUAAAAUUGUCUUUAAAUGAGUGCUUGUACAUACUGUUCGUUUGAUGUGAGACUUAUGUCUUUAAUAUUCAUAUCGUCAUUGUUCCAA